AUGAGGAUUUUUAAUUCGUUUAACGGCCUAAUGGGCAAACUCUUUACAACAAGCAUCAUUCUAUGUACUCUCGUCACUGCAUUUCGAUAUGAUCUUUUCCGGCGCGACUGCCAAUCAUUUUUUAGACGCAGUCUACCCGGGUCUCUUGUGAUCGCUCCCGAAGGUGCAGUGGGGGAUUAUCAACCUCCACCGGGGCCUGUCACCUACAAUCCUCUGCCAAUGCAGACGUGGCCAGUGGCGGGUACUGUGGGUACUACAUCCACUCCCACUACAACUCAGGAUAUCUCCCAUGAGCCAGAAGUGGUGAAAUCCGAUGGCAAGCUGGGGACCAAUGCCCCGCGGAAGAACAUUGCCAUUCUAACGGGCACCGUGACGAAGACACAGGCCAUAAUGGCUGCGACCCAGACAGCCAUGGCAGGGAGAGACAUAGUUGUGACGGAGCUUUUCCAUUGUUUGAUCCUGGUCAAUAGUCAUGCACAGAUCCUUGCCGCUUGUCUCCGAGGUGUCAUGAAUCCGGCGUGA